CUGUUCUCCUAAAAAGAUACAUUUCUACUAAAUCAGGAUGCUGACCAUUGCAGCCCUUCUCCUCAUUUUAACUGCUGAGGUUGCAGUAGGACAGGAUCACAGAGUGGCUGUCGAAGAACCAAUAUUUAAUAUGGAACCAAAUUCUGUUGAUGACCAAUAUGAGGGAUGUACAAAGAACAUGGAAAAACUGGUAGAUACAAAAUUUCAUAAUAAGGAAAUCUCUGGGAAUUCUGCAUUUGCAGCAGUUUGGAAAGAAGGAGAACGGUAUGCCAAACCACCAGGAGAUGAUUUGACCAGGAACCAUUCAAUCGCCAUUUAUGUGUACACUAGUAGAAAAGUAUAUGCAGAUUUCAUUCCUGCUGUUCAAAAUGGUAAACAGAAGUACAAAGACAUGACAUUUAGAUGGUAUUCACUUCACUUUUUGUUAACAGAAGCGAUACAGAUUCUGAAGAAAACACAAAAGAAAUGUCAAAAUACUUUUCUAGGUUUCGACACUGAAUUUAGUGAGAAUUUACUGAACAAAGAGAUUCGUUUUGCCUCAUUUGAAUCAUCUUUCCUUCAGCAAAUUGUAUUUGGAGAUAAAUCAUGUUUUGAAAUUGACACUUGUGAAGGUGCUGAUCUGACAAAAUAUUCUGCCAUUCCUGGAGAGAAUAUUAAUGAGGUGUUGAUUCCCCCAUAUGAGAAGUUUAAAGUCACUGCUGUUCAUAAAGACACCUGGUGUAAAACUGUGUACGUGCUGGAACAUUCUGGAAGGAGAAGUGAUCUGAACUGUGCUGUGGCAUCAGUUGAGUCCCUGAUACAUCACAGAUUUACUGCACUUGCCGCCCAGAACACGAGAGAACUUCCCAAUCGAGUGAAGGGAUUUGUGGAAACUGAAAUGGAAGCACACAUCUUACCUAAUUCAGACUAA